AACCCUUCCGUGCUGUCCCUCAACCCCGUCCGCGGCCCAGAGUCCGGAGGCACCAUGGUGACCAUCACGGGCCGUUAUCUUGGAGCUGGGAGCAGCGUGGCUGUGUACCUGGGCAACCAGACCUGCGAGUUCUAUGGGCGGUCAAUGAAUGAGAUUGUGUGUGUCUCACCCCCAUCGUCCAAUGGCCAGAGCUGUGUUCCUGUCUUCGUGAGUGUCGACCGAGCCCGUGUGAACAACAGCCUGAAGUUUGAGUACAUAGGGGACCCCCAGGUGCAGAGCAUCGAGCCAGAGUGGAGCAUCGCCAGUGGCCACACACCCCUGACCAUCACAGGCUCCAACCUGGAUGUCAUUCAGGAGCCAAGGAUCCGAGUCAAGUUUAAUGGCAAAGAAUCUGUCAAUGUGA